UGUCGCAUAUCUCUGAAUAUCGAGAGGCAUUAUCUUCCUGCGAUAGGAUGAUUUCGAUAAAAUUGAAGUCUUGCGCAGGCAGACACUACUACUGUUUCAGAACGCGAGGUUACAAUACACGGCGGUCGAGAUGAUCUCAGCCCUAAGGCUCAUCUGCCUGGCAGCGGCCCUGUCCGCCACCUCCGCUUUCUCAGUCACCCUGAGACAGAAUCCGGAGACACUCUGUAGGGGCCUGGAGAACUUCCUCCGCAUUGCCAGUGUGGACAGUUGCGUGCAUUACUACCAGUGCUACGCGGGACGGGCGUAUCUGAUGCAAUGUCCCGAGGAAGCCUGGUUUAAUGAGGAGGAACAGAUUUGUGAUAAAUCAGAACCACCAGCUGGCUGCUCUUUGGCAGGACCAGAACCAGAACCAGAGCCAGAACCGGAACCAGAGCCUGAACCGGAACCAGAGCCAGAGCCAGAACCGGAACCAGAACCUGAGCCGGAACCAGAGCCAGAGCCAGAACCAGAACCGGAACCGGAGCCAGAAGAACCAGAGUCAAUUGACGAAGCAGACGAACCAGAGCCAGAAGGCGAAGGCGAAGGCGAAGGCGAAGACGGUAUAGAGGAACUGCCAGAAGAGGACCUUGAUUCAGAAGGUGCACAAACUCCAGAAGAUUCAAAUGAAGAUGAUGAACCUGAACAAGAGCCCGAUGUUCCUGGGGAAGAUGGCAGUGAUGAGGAAGACGAAAACAGUGAAGAAGAUGAAAAUGACGAAGGUGAAAAUGGCGAAGAAGAUGAAAACGACGAAGAAAAUGAAAAUAAUGAGGAAGAUGAAAACGACAAUGAAAAUGAAAAUAAUGAGGAAGAUGAAAACGAUAAUGAAAAUAAUGAAGCAGAUGGCGACGGAGAAGACGGAAGUUUUGACGACGCGCAAGAUUUCGUAGUUAAACUCUUAAACAAACGUGCCAGACAACAAGAUGUUAAUGAGAACGAAAAUAGCGAGGAAAUAAGAAAAAAGAGACAGGAAGAGACUGACGUCGGUGAAGACAAUGAAACACAAGAAAGUGAUGAAGAAACAAAUGAAGAAGGUGAAAACGAUGAUGAAGAAUUAGAAAACGUUAGACGUCCUGUUUACAAUUCUUACACGCGGCUUGCACGGGCGACAGGUUAAACUGACGCAUUCGUAAGCAUUCUUAGAGAAUGUUUCCUUGAAAUGCAGUAGGUAGAUGUGUAAAGUAGAAUAAAUUUAUUAAAAUAAGUACUGUUAAGAUCACUUUGUGCAAUUUUGUAAAUAAUGAGAGAUUAAAUGGUUUAAGUAUGUAUGAGAGAAA